UCGAACGUUGGUUUCCUGUUCUGGGUUGUGUAAUAAUACUAGUGUUUAAGCAACAAAAAUGACCUUUAAAUUGCGAAGCUUGUUAUGCCAGAAGCACAAUUUACUCUCUAAAACAAUUAAGUCUAGAAUAUUUUCAUUUCAUUAUUUUUGCUCAUCUGAUUUUAAAACAAAUGUGGAAACUAAGACUUCUAAGUUAGAAACAUCUCAACCAGGUCUCCUGGAAACAUGGUUUCAUGGUGUCGAAAGAUUCGGAAGAUUAAAUAUAUCAGUACCAUUCAGUUUAGAUAUUGAAUCGUUGGAUCCUCAAGAAUAUUCAGAUAUGGGAAAACUGUUCAUUAGACUAAACUAUACCCCAGAAGAAAAGGACUCUCAAACAGAACAGUCCAAUAACACUUCACUUGCUGCUCUUACAAAGUUGUACAGUUUUAACAUUGAUACAUCUGAUGCAAAUGACAUUAGAAUUACAUCCAAGUUCAAUACAAUGGUGACUUUUCCAGCUACUUGUUCUAUACAGAUGCCAAUUAAUUAUGAUCUUAAUGUUGAAUGUACUGGGAAAUCAGUGUCUGUUAAAAAUUUGGAAACCAAUGAAAUCAGCAUUGCUACAAAGAACUCAUUGUGUACAUUACAUAAUCUGAAGGGUGAAAAUGUGAGGGUAAAGAGUAAUGUUGGUGAUAUUGUUUGUCAGAAAGUUGUUCAGGGUAAUCUGGACAUGUCUGUUACAGGUGCAGGAAGUAUUUCAACAGACAGAAUACAAGGACAGACUAUAAAAUGUACUGUUGAGGAAGGAAAUAUUAGUGCAACUUCUGUUUAUAGUACUGAUUCAGAGUUUACAUGUAACAAUGGAAACAUAAAUCUUAUGAAUACUCAUGGUAUAUCAAAGACAACUGUAAAUAAAGGAAAUCUUAUUAUAGAUUCACUUGAUGGUAGUUUAGAGGCUAAAGUAAAUAAUGGAUCAACAGACAUAUUUAUUUCUAGACCUGAUGUUAUAACCAUAGAAACAGAAACAGGUGAUAUCAAUAUUAAAAUCCCUGAAACUUCUACCUCACUUGAUUUAGAAGGGAACAGUGUAACUUGUGAUCAAAAACUUAAUAUAAUUGAAAAGAAGACAGAAUCUAUCAAGAAUAAAGAAAAACUUUCAGGCUAUCUGUCUGGCACAGAUGGAAAAAUCAAAGCAAUCACAAAGGAUGGCGGUAUAAAUGUGAAAUGUUUGGAUUGGAUGGAAUCUCUCAAACUUAAAGGAUUUUCUGCAGAUUGAAUCUAUUGUGUAGACUGUAGACUAUCCAAUUCAUAGAUUUAAUCUAAAAGUAAAGGAAUGAAACAUUGAGUACAUAAGAGUUAGUAAUUUUGGCGUGUUUGAUCUCAUUAGUUACACAAUCCAUUGAAAAGGUUCGUGAAAUAGGAAACCAUUUUAUUUAAGGUCACCACAAUGGAUUUCAUUUAAAUGAAUAAAUGAGUCAUAUCAAUAUCAGCAAAUGAGUCAUAUCAAUAUCAACAAAUGUUUGUUUAUUUUAGUUCAGAAUGCUGCAGAUGUCGCUUUUCCAAUUUUUUUUCCCUCUACAGAAACAAGUUUUUAAGUCCAUAUGAUCAAAAGGUACAUUUAUUUUCUAUAACUUUAUUUCCAAUGGAAGUUUUGUUCUUUACAUAAUGUGAUGUGUUAAUUUAUUAUGUGGAAGGAAAGAGAACAUAACAAAAUGCAUUUUAGACAUUGAUGUUCAAUUAAUAUGAGUAUUUAAUGAGUUGCAAAGAGCAUUAUAAAGCCCUGACAAUCAUUACUCUUUUUAUACUGAAAUUUCUCCAUUACACAAUAUUACUCUUUUUAAGUAGUUAAGAAGAAUUCCAUAGGUUUAUGUCAAGAUUUAUCAAAAUUUAAAGAAAUUCAUGAAAAAAGUACUGAUGCUGUGCAAUAACUAUACAAAAGAUCUAUAAACUAUAGACUUAGUA